AAGCCGUUCUCUCUUUCAGGAGGAAAAGAAAACUUAUUUUGAAACAAGUAGUCUGACAGACAGAAACAACAACAAGGAAUGGCCUCUGCUAACACUUCCGGGUCUGAAGAGAACUUUUCAUGUUGCAUCUGUCUAGAUGUGUUCAACAGACCAGUUUCCACACCAUGUGGACACAACUUCUGCAAAACCUGUAUUACAAAGACCUGGGAUGAACAAGUCAAUUUCAAGUGCCCUCUUUGCAAUAAGGCUUUCAAAAGAAGACCUGAUUUAAGGAUUAAUACCCUCUUAUCAGAGCUGGCCGCUCAGUUUCAAACAUCCAUACGAGUAAAAGAUCAGCUCUGUGUUAAACCCGGAGAAGUUCCCUGUGACGUCUGUACUGGGACCCAGCUGAAGGCCGUGAAGUCCUGCCUAGUGUGUCUUAUCUCUUACUGCCAAACCCACCUGGAGCCACAUCAGAGAGUCGAAAUCCUGAAGAAACAUCGGCUGGUCGAGCCUAUGGACCGUCUGGAAGACAGGAUGUGUAAGAAACACAAUCAACUUCUGGAGCUCUUCUGCCGGACUGAUCAGGUGUCUGUGUGUCAGUUCUGCAAAGAGACAGACCACAAGUCCCAUCCUGUUGUACCUCUAAAGGAGGAAUAUGAAGUGAAGACGGCCCAGCUGGGGAAGAUAGAGGCUGAAGUCCAGCAGAUGAUCCAUGAGAGGCUAAAUUAUAUUCAGGAGAUUAUAGACACAGUUAACCGCAGCAAAGCAGAUGCAGACAGAGAGAUAGCCGAUGGUGUGCAGAUCCUCACUGCUCUGAAGCGCUGCAUUGAAAAGUGCCAGGAUGACCUCAACCAAAUGGUUAAAGAGAAACUGAAAUCCACAGAGAAACAAGCUGAACACCUUAUCAAAGAGCUGGAGCAGGAAAUAGAAGAUCUGACCAAUAGAAGCUCAGAUGUGAAGCAGCUCUCACACACUGAAGACCACCUCCACUUCCUCCAGGCCUUCAGAUCCCUGAAGGAUCCUCCACCCACCAGGGACUGGACGACGGUGGAGGUCCGUCCUCCGUCAUACGUAGGGACCUUGAGGAGAUCCCUGGAUCAGCUGGAGGAGACACUGAACAUGGAGAUGAAGAAGCUGCGUGAUGCUGAACUGAAGAGGGUCCAGCAGUAUGAAGUAGAUGUGACUCUGGAUCCUGAUACAGCUCAUCCCUGUCUCAUACUCUCUGAGGAUGGCAAACAAGUACACGAUGGAGGUGGGAGGAAGAAACUCCCAGACAACCCUAAGAGAUUUAGACUGGGUAGAUGUGUUCACACGAGGCAGAGCUUCUCAGGGAGAUUUUACUUUGAGGUCCAGGUUAAAGACAGGACUGGAUGGGGGUUAGGAGUGGCCAGAGAGUCCAUCAACAGAAAAGAUUGGAUUAUAUUGACCCCUGAGACAGGUUAUUGGACUCUUUACUUCAACAAGGAUGUGUUGGUAUUUAAUGAUCACCAUGCUGUCCGUCUCCCUCCAAGAGCUGAGCUCCAGAAGGUGGGUGUGUUUGUUGAUUAUGAUGAGGGUCUGGUCUCCUUUUAUGAUGUGGAAGCCAGGGUUCAUAUCUACUCUGCUACUGGCUGCACCUUCAGUGAGCCUCUCUAUCCAUUCCUUUGCCCAUGCAACAAUGAUUAUAAAGGUAACAACUCUGCCCCUAUGGUCAUCUCACCUGUCAAUCAAACAGACCAGGACAUUUGUUUGAUAGUAAAAUAAUCAAAACAACCUUUACAACUAAUGUUGUUUCCGGAAUUAGAAUCUCUACUAUAUGAGUUCCGAGAUAACUCUUUUGUUGUUUGACUGAUGUCAUUUAACAAGGAUGAAUUCAAUGAAAUAAUAACCAUUACUUUUAUUAAAUAUAACCCAUGAUUACAAUACAUAUACAUUUAUGAUCAAUGUCUGAAUUACAGAAUGUUUUAUACGUUUACCAAUAUCAAAUUAUAAAUGUUUGCAGCAAGUAGAAAAUGUUGAAAAUGGCUCGUUUAAAAAAAAAGAAGAUUUUAUUUGUUUAUAUUUCUCAAUAAUGAAUGAUAACAAUCAAA